AUGGGUCAAUAUUUCUCUAAAAUUAAUGAAGAAGUUCUUGUUUUGAUGAAUCAACAUGAUAUGGAUUUCACUUUUGAUUCUGUUAUAUCUGCAAGUGAUCCAGACGAUAUUCUUUUAUCAUUAUAUUUAAAAAACUCUUGUCGCACAAAUGAUUCGAUUAAUAACUCUGACAAAAGAUUCGUACAACAAAUUCAAAAUUAUUUAUCAAAAUUAACUCAUUCAAAUGCAUUGAACGACAUUGAUUCGAAAAUUCGUGAGAUACUUGUGGAAAAUUUACGUAAUCCUUUGAUUGAAUAUUUGGGCGAGGCAAUGAAAGACGUAGAAACUAUUUGGAAUCUGCAAAACAAAUUACAAGAAUCCUUGUUAAACAAUAUGACAAACAGUUCAACUGUUGAUCAAUCAAUAUUUGUACAUCGAUCGAUUGAUUCUUCAUCACAGGAGAUUAAGCAUCCAAAUUCUGCGAACGCAAAUGAUAAAAAUGAACAGUCCAAUAUUGCCAAACAAAAUCCACAAAUACAAGUUCAGCAAAUAUCUUAUUUCGCCAUUCAAUCGUUAUUAUCAAUUCUUAUUCUAUUGAUUCAGUCAAUUGCUAAGAAUGAUCCGACUUUCGAGCACCAAAUAUUAACAUUGACAAAUCAAUUGUGUGAACAAAUGCCUUUCAAAUACUUAUCGUCGCCGAUAUUUAUGAUGUCAAGCAGCAAUUUCGUGUUAAAAUCAUUGAAACCAUUGACGAAUUAUAUCAAUGAAUUAUCUUUAUCAAAUGAUCCGACAACAGCAAAACAAGCUUUGCAAUGUUUAUUAAGUUUUGCUGUAGCUAAAGGAUCAUUUAAAGACAUUUUAAAUGUUUUAAGCAAAUUCAUAUUCAAUACAAACGAUAUUUAUUAUGUACAAGGUCUAUGCAUACAAUUGAAUGAUGGUCUUUCAGAAAUCUUGGCUAAAUGUGAAAUGGCAAAACAGGUAUUAGCUGAGAAAGAUGAAGCAAUAUCAAUUGGAUUGGAUUAUUUGAAAUCCAUUGGAGCAUAUCCGAAUACACAAUUGUUAACCAUCGACAAGAAACUAUUUACUGGACAAUUUAUUUCUUCAAUUAUUUUAGCACAUAUUGAUUUUGAUAAUGAAAAUUAUUCUAUGGAACAAUUCAACAAUGGUUCUGUAAAUAGUUCCUUCUCAUUUGAUUUUCAUCCAGAUACAUUCAAACAAUUGUUUCAAAUUAUUGAACAAUUAACUGUCAAAACGAAAUUAGAAAGUAAUCCGACAACUAAAUUUAUACUCACCGUUUGUGUAAGAUUAUUCACUACACAUUUGAAAUUUUACCAUUCAUUAAAAUCUAAUAUAAAUAAAGAUUUAUUUUCGACCAAUGAUAAAUGGAGUCAAUCUACCUUAUGGAAUCGUUUCCAAUCAUCAUCAAAUGAUGUCAAUUUAACAAUAUUUGCUACGGAGAUUGAUGUACAACAAUGGUUUGAAUUAUUCUUUACAAUGGCUUCUAAUGAUGAUGAUAAUCAAUUCCAAUCCUCCGUACUAUGUAAAGAAGCAACUCAAGCUCUAAUUUAUCUUCUCGACAAAACAACAUCAUCAUUUAUUGAGAAAUUGUCAUUUAUACAUCGACAUAUUUUUGAAAAUAAACAUCAUGAAUUAGUUAAACAAUUGUGGCUUGAAUUGAAUAGAAAAGUUACUCUAUUAUCUUGGAUCGAAGUUCUUUGCGAUGAAAAAGAACAUCAAAUGGAUAAAAGUACAGCUUUUACCAUUUUACAUUCAUUUAUUCAUGCGUAUCUAUAUCCAUCGAAUGAUUUUGAAAAAGAACAAAGAUUAAAAAUACAAGAACUAUUAUUAUCAUUUCAGAAACUUUUAUUAUCUCGAAUCAUCUUACAAUCUUGUCAAAUAGAUGAUAUUCCAUUCUUAAAAUUAAAUAAAGAAUUAGACGAACACAUCUCGAAUUCGAUUGUUACUACUACAACAGGUAUCUCUUCUUUGAUGGUCCAUUAUAUUAAUUGUAUAGUAGUUCAUCAUAUCAAAACAAACGAACUUUCUAAUGAUUUCAUGGAUCCGAUUUUACUCACUUUAUGUUUUUUGGUCAACACUACAGAAAAAAUUAAUUUUGCAUUAGUUCAACCGAUCUGCACUGCUUUUCUACCACAAUUGGCUGAUUAUAUUUUGCAAAAUCAUCUUGAUGAAGCAAAGGCAAAUACUCAUCUUCAUUCUCUGUCAUGGCUCAUAGGUCGCAUGAGUCAAUGUUUGAUUGUUGGUUCAUCACGAAACUCAUUGGAAAAGAAACAUGUCGAUCAAUUGAAUACAAUUCUGUUUAUGAAUGGAUGUGAACAAAUUUUCAAUAACAAAACUCCAUAUUUAUUAGAUUUGCUUCAAUCAAAUUUGGCUCUUUACAAUCAGUUUACAUUCGAUGACUAUCAACAAUAUUCAUCAUUAGAUAAUGAAUUUCUCAUGUCUGUUUAUACAAAUACUGGCCAAGGUGCACAAUUGAUAGACAAAAUGCGACUUCAUGUUAAAGACAAAUAUCGUUUACUACAAAAAUCCAUCGAAAAAUUAGCCGACGACGCUUGUGCUGCUCUAUUUGCUGUCUACAUAAAACAUUAUCGACGUGUCAAUUUAGCUAAAUUCGAAAUAUCUCGAACAGACAAUCAGAUACCGCACAAUAAACUUUUGUCUAUUUUUGAAUAUGCAAAUCAUGUUCAAACAUUAUUUGUCAAAAUCAAAGGACAAGGUGGUGAUUGUAAUGAAUUAUGUAAUCAUAUUAAAACUAAUGCACUUUUUCUAUUAUUAACUGUCAAAGAAAAUCAUUUAAUUCCAAUUAUUGAUGAAGAUCUAUCAUCAUCACUAGUAAAUCUUUCAUUGACAGAUAAUGUACAACAAAAACAAGCACCGAAAUUCAUGCGACAAAAUUCACGAUGGACAAAAGCAAAACAUGUUUUCAGAAUACUUCGAAGUACAUUACGAGUUUGUAUUCGAUUGAAAAGAUUGAUAAGAUUGAAAAAAGAACUCAACAAACAAAAACAAGAUUAUGAAAGUAUUCUACAUCAAUUGAUCGAUACCUAUGUCUAUGGAGAUAUUUCCAAAACUUUAACAUUAACAAACAUUAAAGAAAAGAAAUUUAUAUCUGAAGAUCUUGUUCAAUGUAUGUCUCAACAAUAUGAAAGAGCUAUGACAAGAUUGAUUACCUAUCAAUUUAUUGAAACAUUUCUUCGAAAACUUCUCGAUAUUCAAGAUGAAAAUCGAAUUUAUACUAUUCUUACUAUCUAUUUACCACAUUUGAGACAAGUUGAUAUACAUUGGUCAUAUUUGAAUAAUAUCGAAGCAUCGAAUAAUAUAUUAAAAGAAAAAAUCGGUCAUAGUUAUUAUGCAUCGAUUAAAAAUAUUCUAUCCUAUUCAUUACAAUCAACAAAUUCAAAAAGAACAAUCUUAACUGUACUGGUAUUUAAUCUACUAAAUAUAUCCUAUCAAUCAGUCGACAUUUAUCAUUUACAUCGUUAUCAAUUUAUGGAAACAUUUUUUACAUCGUUGAUUAGUUUUGUGAAAAAAUCUGAUAAUUUCGCUGAAUUGAAAAUGAAAUUCAUUGCAUAUAAUUGGUUUCAAUUAUUUGUUUUACGAUUAUGUGAAAAUAUUCAAAUUGAAGAAAUCAAUGGUACAAGAAGUCCAUUAUUACAAGAACAACGAGAUUUUAUUUUCAAUAAGUUGUUGUUUAAUGAAUUAAAACAGUUGAGAGAAAUUUUUGAAACAACUACAGAAAAUGAAACACAUGAUUCUACGAUAGAAAAAAAUGACACAUUGAAUCAUAUUGCUUUCAAUUGGUUCCUAACGAAGAAUAAUACAUUAAACAUAUCGAAUUUUCUAUCGUCAAAAUCGGACAUUGAACUCUGUAUGAAUCAAUGGAUGGUACUUCUACUUCGAUGUAUUCAUAUCUAUCCACAUGUUCGAUCUAUUUGUACGACAAUCAAUUAUAUGGAAGAAUUCUUGUCCAUUUAUCAUCAAAGUCAACGUGUCAGUAGUAUUUUACUUGUAUUGAAAAUAUUACGCUAUUUAAUUUCAUUUUGUUCAGAAACGACAAGUGGAAUAACAUAUGAAUGGAUAAAAACUAUUUUAACAGAAAUUUUCAAUUCAAUUAGUAAAAAUUCUAGAGUACAACAAAUCAAACCAGAUAUUAUUACUGAGUUAAUUCAGUUCUAUCGAACGAUUAUGUCAUUGAAAUCUGCUUGGCAAUCGAUGGCUACACAUCUUCUUAUCAAUAGUAUGUCAUCAAAUUUUAACGACUUGAAAUCAUUUAAUACUGUUGAUAAAAAUCAAAUGAAUGAUAUUAUAACGUCGUUAUGUAUACUUGGUGGCUAUAUUCAACCGUAUGGUUUAGGUUCAAUUGUGAAAACAUAUCUCGAAGAUGAAAAUCUUAAUGGUUUAUAUUUAGCAUUAAUCACAGAAAUGAAGAUUGAUGUUCGAGAUUUGAGCACCUUGGAAACAUUGCCUUAUUUUAUUCAAUAUUAUCAAUUAGACAAGACUGAAUGGAUUACGGCUGAUAAAUUAAAACUUGAAAUUGAUGUACCACCACCGAAUCUGUUCUUGUUACCUCAAGCCGAUAAAAUGAUUCAUUUCAUCCUCGAUAGAUUAGGAUCUUACAUACAAAUGGACACAUCUAAAACUAGUUCCAUACCUUUAUUACAAAUGAAACGUCGUUGUCUUGGUGCUUUGUAUCAGUUACUAAACGAUCGAAAACUUGUUGAAAUAUUUAUGCACAAACCCUAUGCGUCUCUUUUGACACAAUUAGUUAUCUCUAAUAUGUCACGAAAAAAUCGACUGGCAUUUCUUGAUCUACGAGAAUUCAAUAAAGAACAUUUAGAACAAUAUUGUUUAAGUUUAAAUAAUUGCACAUAUUUGAAACCAAUUGUGGACAAUGAUAAUGAAAAAGAGAUUGUUGCUGAUGAUAUCAAGCAAAAUUUUGUCACUGAUACUUCAUCGUUUACUAUUUGGAAUAAUGACUUAAUUUAUCGUGAUCCACAGAUAGUUGAUACGUUAUCGUUUAGUUCAUUGAAAUACAAUGGAUGGAAAGUGAAAGCAUCAGAAGCAGAAAUCGAACUGUAUAAACAAGGUCGAAUAGGAAACGAUCAGAUUAUUCUUGUUCCUAUGCCACGAAAUAUUGCUGAUACACAAGUUUUCGAAGAAUGCGGCAAUAAACAUCGAUUUCGAGGACGCAUCGAUACAAGUCGUGAUAGUAAACAUAAUAGUUUUGUGACUUUUAUUCUUGAUAAUUUGCAAGUAAACAAAGGUAAAUGGUAUUUUUGUGUGAAGUUGCCACUCGGUGGACUGGUUCAAAUAGGGUGGGCAACGGCUGGAUUCUCACCAGUAUCCAAUAGUGGUCAAGGAAUAGGUGAUGAUCCUUGUUCGUGGUCGUACGAUGGCUCGCGUCAUAUUCUCUUUCAUAAUGGUAGCUAUGAGUAUCCAAAUGAGGAUAUUCGUUGGACAGAAAACGAUGUUUGUGGUUGUGGAAUCGAAAUAGAUGAUGGAAAUACGCGAAUUAAAUAUUGGUUGAAUGGGAAAUUCUUAGGUACAGCUUUUGCACAACAGUCUUAUCUUGAAUCGGCAACAGUGAAAUGUGAUAUGAAGCCUAAUGGAUUGAAUACUACCUAUUUUCCUGGAGUCUCUUUGCAAUCGUCUAGCUAUUCUUCGAAUUGUUGUGAAUUUAUAUUUAGUCCAGAAGACAUGACAGAAUGUCCAUUACCCGAUGGCUACAAACCAUUAUUGUUACCAGAAUUAAUCAAUACUGAAAAUUCGAUUGUUGCUUAUCCUUAUAGUGCUUAUUUAAUCGGAGAUAAUAUUCAAAAUUAUUUUCACACAUCUCGACUAAGUAGUUCAAUUACUCGUUUACAUGACUUUGUCAAUGAACAUCAUCUAGAAACAUCAUUCACUCUAGAUGAUCAUUAUCUAAUGUUGCCUGAUACUAGUAGCGGUUUUCCAAUGUCUAUUGACAAUUUAACAUCAUCAUUAACAAUUAGCUUUGAUUUUAAACUUAUCACAUCAACUGAUAAUAGUUCGAACAACAAUACUAACAUUCAAUUAUUUACAUUAAGUACGACAAAAAUAUUUUCAGUAGAAAUACCAAGAUUAAGUGAAAUGAGCGACGAGACACGAAUAGCAAUUGUAUUUCAUCCAAAAGAACAACAAACAAAACUCUAUAUGAACAACAAAUGUCGAAUAUUCUACGGAGAAUUUGAUCAUGACAAUACAUUGAAAUUGAUUUUACAUCUUUUACCCAAUACUGGCGCUGGAAUUCGAAAUCUCGCCGUAUGGAAAUAUGCUUUAUCAGAUGAAGAUAUUUGUCGCCUAUUCACGUAUGGCUUAUUCUAUGUAGCUAUCAAUUAUCAACAAUUGAAAGAAUAUCGAAGACAAGUAAAUAUGUACACAUUUACAAAAAAUCAGCGAGAAUUUACUGAUGAAUUACUUCUACCAUUUAAUGGACCAUUCGAAGAGAACGUGUGGAAAACAAAAAAAAUUCAGGCUGAUCAAGAUGAAUCGACAUAUUUUAAAUCAAUCGAUGAUAUUGAUCGAUCCGUUGUCCAAUGCUUUGGAAAUAAAACUUAUCUCAUUCUAGACAUAUCCACUACACAAUACUCUGAAUUGACACUGAUAUUCGAUAUAUUCAUACCGAAUUUUCCGAAGAAUAACGAACAAUUAACACUAGCGAUAUUGAGUCCGCAACUAAGCAUUUGUAUAGCACAUGAUGGCUAUGUGUUUCUGUCAUCUUGCAAUCAAAUCUUGAAGAUGAGCACAUCGGCAUUGCUUCUGAAUGAAUAUAUACGUUUUGUUGUAUCUAUUACGAACAACUAUGGGAAGAUCUAUAUGAAUGGUUCAUUAAUACUUGAAGAUAAUACAUUUACAACGAAAGCCAAUCCAAUCUAUCUGUUUAGAGAAAACGAUUUGACGAAAAAUACAACAAACGAAGAUACAUUGCGAAUCGAAUGUAAAUUAAUUAGUUUUCUUAAACAAGUUGUUCCAAUAGAUGAUCGACUGAAAUCAUCGGAAUUUUCAUUAGAAUCAUUAAUUGCACCACCUCUAUCACUUAUUCUACCAACUUUAAGUGCCAUUGGAUACAAAGCAACAUGGAUCGAAAUGGCCAUUAAAUCAUUGAAAACAUUCAAUAUUCAAGAGAUUGAUACAUUCAUUCGUGAACAAAAAGAACAAUUCAUCCAAAUGGAUUUAAAAAAUCGACGUGAUCAUUAUUUGAAUAUUUUGUCAAAAGUAGCUCCGUCAAUCGAUCAAACAAAAUUAGAAAAUUUCGUCAAGUACAUUAAACUUGAAAAUGAUAGUGAACUAUUAGAAGCAGCAGAAUUGAUAUUUGUCAAUUGGAAUCAUUUAAAAAGAUCCACAACUUCAAAUGAAAAUGAAUCAACAGAUAAUAAAUGGUUUCAUCAAACUGUACGUAGUUUAUGUAAUCAAAAUAGUCUUAUCGAAUGGCUUGACAACAAAUCGAUGAGCAAUGAAGACGAUGAUCUCAUUAAUCAACUUUUGAAUUUGAAUCAACCUAUAUUAGAAGAAUCAAUUGCAACUACAUCUGUUAAAAGCUCACAUAAGAAAAUACAAAAAUCAAUUCAAUAUUCACAUCAACAAAUUUCAUACAAGCAAUAUUUGGAUUCACGAAUAGCUUGUGAAUAUGGAUUGAUCUCGAUCUAUGCCAGAGAGACUAUUUUCAAUCUUCUCAAAACCUGGUCGAAUAAUGGUCAAAGUUUAUUUCAAUUAGAUAAACUUGCUGAUCAUCAAUUAAUUCUUACUUUACUAAUAUUGAUGGAUUACCAUUAUAGUUCUGCUAGUGACCAGACAAAUGAGAAUAUUAAUAUAUUUGAUUCGAGCCAGUGGAAACUUUCAGUUAAACGAACAAAUAUUUGA